AUGUCAGCUGGACGUGUGACAAGAAGCACGAGUCGGGGCAGCGGAGAUGACAACCCCAUCCCUGACACUCCCACGCGUAACUCUUCCAGGGGCCAGGGUGCUACUGGCAGAGGUCGCCGUGGUUCCAGUUCUACAAGAACGGGCCGCGGUGGGGCCAAUCAACCCAGCCAGGAAUCAACGCAGGCAUCGCAGAGCCCUGAUCGGGCGGAAAUCAACGAUGUGAACCCAGAAUCUGCGCAGCAAGAAGAUCUUCCCCAGCCACCAGGAAAUGACUCCACACAACGAGAACCAACUUUCCAAUUACCUCCCAUAGCAGAAGAGCCGCAGACAGAAAAUCCUUCAGAUGGGCAGACUAACGUACCUGUGACGACUGAUUCCACUACCUCCACUCCUAGACGAGAAAUUGCGGUGCCGGGGGCGUUUUCAGAAUGGACGACGCCCCCUCAAGUGGUAGAGAUUCCGCUGAGUCCACAGGACUCUGAGUCGCAGGGUGAGGGUUCAGCAUCCACACAGCCUGGCCAGUCUUCUACCAGCCGAAAUGACCAAACCCCGGUGACGGGAAAUCCUUCGAAUGUGCAGACAACCGUACCUGUGACGAGUGAGUCCACUGCCUCCACUUCCGGACAGGAAACUAGAGUGCGCUUUUUAGAAGGCUCGGCGGCCCCUCAAGUAGCAGAGAUUCCUCCUAAUCCCCCGGGUUCUAUACCGCAGGUUGAAGGUCCAUCCUCCACACAGCCUGGCCAGCCUUCUACCAACCGAAGUAGCACGCCAUUACAUGGUGAGAUUGUGGACAUUGAGAUUCGUGAUAACGUGAACCGCAUGUCGCGAGAAGAGCGCCGGCAAGUUCGGGAUAGACUGCUAAGUGAACUAUUCCAUAUGCAGCCAAUAUUGCGAUUCCGAUAUGUGCCAGAACUGCAGACGUUACGGGCCAUUCAAAACGUCGAAAACUUUGACCUAGACGGAUGGUUGGCAGAAUUUCAAGAUUACUAUCAGAACCAAAGCCCCUCCAAUUUGAACUUAUUGCUCUCAAGGGGAGCGUUAUCGGACAAUAGUUACAACUUAGAUCUCCAGGGCUCCGACGUAGUUGCCUUGAGAGAAUCUCAGACCUUGGAUAGGCUAUAUCGCCCUCUAGCUGCAAUGGUCCUAGUUUUUCCAUCACUUGAUGAAGAGCAAUUCCGCCGAACCAUUGAUUACUUCAACAUACACAGACCUCAGGAUAGAUCAAACAAAUUUUGUGCAAGUGCUUGGCUGUAUUUGAACCGCCUUUGGACUCGAUCGGACGCCAAUCCUCUAGAAGAGUCAAUUGCAGAGCACGCGUGGGACUAUAUCUUAACUUACCAUAACUAUCCCGUAAUGACAUCUGCAUUCCGUUCGUCAAUUCUCGGUCGGGCUGCAGGGCUGACUCUACCACUGCCAUUAGUGACUAAUCCCUCUGAUGACGAUGGCGGCAAUAGGCCUUCACAAGACAUUGCAAACGAAGUGGGAUCAAGAAGCCCUUCUCCUAGUAGCGAGGAUACGCACUCGGUCCAGGAGCCUCUAACCCGGCCGCCGUCUCGUAGAGGGUUGCAGCCGCCUCGAGAUGCAGGAGGAACUUCAUCUCCAUCGCAGCAGGGAAAUUCCGGUCGACGGAGCCGUCCUCAAUGGCCGAGAGAACGCUCAAGAGAACGGCCAACAGAACGGCCGAGAGAACGACUGAACACCAAUUCAGGACAAGAACGCCGGCACCAAACAGCAGCACCAAGGCGUGCUGAUAGCUGGGGUCCUGGAUAUGAACCGACUAGGGGAGAGCUUGUUUCUGGAUGGGUAAAAUGGUGUGAGGAGUGGUGGGAAAUCGACCAAUAUCGGCCAAUAGGUAGUGGGUAUCAAAUUAAUGUCAAACGUCCAGCCGCCAAUGGAUAUAUGGAAUACCGAAUGAUCCCAGCACACCUCGUUGGAGGAAAAGCUGGAGGGAGAGCCAUAAUCGAAGAAUUCACAGAGGAAGCGCUUGAUCAAGGCCGUAGGGAGGCCGAUCUUCUAUUCAGUGAAGGAUCUAUCGACAAACUCAUAGAAGCAUCCAGGCAGCAUACUCGGAUUGUUGGGGUCUCAAUUCAUUGUCGGGACGUCAAGGGAGGAUAUCCAUAUCUGAACCGCAACUACAUGUGGGUGAUAUUACAGUUUCCAGAUGAUGAGGGUUGGUAUACCACUAGUCAUGUACGGGAAUACUUGAGUGAGCAGUUUCUACAAGCGGAGUUGGAGGAUUAUCACAAGGAAGCGGACCUCAUUCCGUUCGCGUUUAUUCCAGACCCAACACGUUGUCGAUAUACAUCGAGAGACCCAACCCCUGGCCAUGCUUAUUCUCGACCACAGAUUGACCCGGUUUAUGGCCCUGCUAUGGUCCACGAACGGCAUACUAGAGAUACAACGGGUCGUCGCGCCCAGGCCCCGGGAAGGAGGCGGUCGGUGAUAGAGAGUGACAUCGAGGACGAUGACAUUGAGGCUAUGCCUCCUCCACGGCGCACUAGAGAGACUACAGGUCGCUGUCGCCGCGCUCAACAGAUUGAUCCAGUACAUGGCGCCCCUCGACGUACUAGACCGGGUCGCCGUCACCACAACGUUGUCCCGACCGGGAGAGACUGGGUGAUUGAGAGCGACAUCGAGGACGACGGCAUCGAAGCUUCGGUCCACUUCACCCCUCCACGACGCACUGAUCACCUUCGCCGUGCCCAGGAGAGUGACCUGGAGGAUAUGGUUCCUCAACCGCGCACGGGAGGUACAGGUCGCCGUCGCCGUCGCCGUGCGACCAGAGAAGAACCAGCGGCUGAGGAUGGAAUCAAUGAACUAGCAGACUUCCUUCGGGGUGUUCGGGAUGAACUGCGUCGCCAACGCACUUCUCAAACUCCUCCACCAGCGGCUGAGGGUGAACUCGAUGAAAUAGUGGACUUCCUUCAGGAUCAAAUGGGCCCCCCACGCACUUAUCAAACUCCUCCACCUGAGACAGGUCAAGAGUCACCUACUGCUGGGAUAUCGGGUCAGGCGGAUGAUGACCUUUUACGCAAUUUGGCAGAACAAAUGAGAAGGCUGCACCGAUAA